AUGUCAGACAAUUUUGAAGAAACGUCUUUUCUUGGAUGUUUCGAGAUUUUCGACUCCAAGUACCAGAACACGAUCAACAAAUUUGAGGACUGCGUCGGCUUGUGCCUCAACUACAGUGGUGACAAGAAAGGUUACCUCAUCGCAUUCAGGCUGGGUAGCGAGUGCCACUGCGGUGUGGAUCCGGACGUGAAGGUACCAUCCACCGAGUGUGGCCACAAAUGCUCCAACAGAUACGUCUGUGGCGGCGAACAUUUUUACGCUGUUUACUCGGGUUUUGUAUCAUAUAGUAUCAAAGAACUUUUACUGUACACACCAUACAUAUAUGGUAGGCGAAAUAGUGUAGUGGUGAAUUGCCCGGUUUUGCGAGGCGCAAUGAUCGGAUUCAAAUACAAAAGAUUCCUAUUUGUGAUAAACGAACGUAUGGAAAAUAAAUGGUGUCUGUGUGGCGACCUCCUCAUACCGAAUGAAAUGCUGCCAGUAAGUGAAUGUUCGUCCGCAUGUUUGGACGGCCCUGGUAAGAUGUGUGGUUUUAAAAAUAUCUACUCUGUCUACACCGUGAGAUACCCGCAAGAAUUCGCUAGCACAAAACACCAGUACAGAUUCUGUUUGAAUGAGAAGCUGAGCGAAAGUGGCUACAACUGCAAUCGUCAUCGCUGCUUUCCUGGCUGGAGAGGAGAGUUUUGUGACGGCAGAGAUUUGCUCUGCAUGACUGUCUCAAGACAGUUCUUUAUUUUUGAGUAUUACUAUUACAUAAAUAUUUUCAGACUAGCUUUGACACAUUUUUUUGGAGGGGAAGGGGGUGACUGCACCUUUGCGUCCCCUCUGCUUCGCUAG